AGUUCUAAAUAAAAUUAUAUUUAUUAAACAUCGUGUCUAUAAUGAGUUCACUGUUGGGGUCAGUGUUGCAACGAAUUUGGGGGACAAUCGGUUGGUGUCUCAUAGGACUCGUUGUGGCGGUGAUGGCGUACUACUACUUUUCGUGGAGGAAUGCCUUCAGCUAUUGGAAGGAUCGACACAUUUGUGGUCCGAAACCUGUGCCUAUAUUCGGAAAUGUUUUGACUCGUGUCCUAAGAUCUCGACCAUUCGUGGAGAUGGAGUGGUAUAAGAAAUACGGCAAAAUCUAUGGAACAUACAUAUUAGCGAAGCCCUGCCUAACAGUUGCCGAUCCGGAGCUCAUCAAACAAAUUCUGGUCCGAGAUUUCAAUGCAUUUCGUAACCGACAGCCGCGUUCAGGGGGUUAUAGUUUGGUCAUCAAGAAUAUGGUCAGAGCCAGGGAUGACGACUGGAAGCGGGUUCGGGCGAUAGCCAGCCCUACCUUCUCGUCAGGAAAGAUGAGGAAAAUGUAUGCUCUGAUCGACCGGUGCUGCGAAGACUUCAUCGAUAGCCUCGAUAAGGAUGUGUCGAACGGUGUGAAUGAAGUCGAGUUGAGGCGACUGAUGGGCGCCUACACUAUGGAUGUGAUCGCCAGCUGUGCCUUUGCCACCAAAACCAAUACAUACGCCGAUCCUAACAACCCGUUCACUACCACUGCGUUCAAUAUACACAAGGUUUCCGUUUGGAAAGGGAUGUUAGAAAUGAUAUUGCCUUCAGUUAUAGUAAACUCUGAUAUAUACCGACGUAUUGUAAACAAUGGCAUAAUUUAUAGCAAAUUUUUCGUUGAUUUCACGCGAAGUCUAAUAAAGAAACGAAAGGAAAACCACGAAAAACACAACGAUUUUCUGCAGCUAUUAAUGGAUGCCGAGAGACCUGAAGGAGACAUACGAGAGGCCAGUGAUGCCAAUGAAGCACAUCAUGUGAAUGAGGAUGACAGCCAAUGCCGAGGCCUUCAAAGGGUGUUGGAGAAGAAGUUGACUGAAGACGAGAUAUUAGCGCAAUGUUUGCUAUUUUUGACGGCCGGGUAUGUGACGACUGCCACUACUCUGUCGCACUGUACGUAUGAGUUGGCACUCAAUCCGGGACUUCAGGACAGACUCUAUGAGGAGACGAAAGAGGCGUUCAAUGAAAAGGGAGAAAUGGAUUACGAAGUCCUAUCGAGACUACCAUUCCUGGACGCACUCAUAUCCGAAACUCUUCGCAAUAGUCCGCAAACACUUCGUCUUAAGAGGGAAGCCAUGGAAGACGUAAUGUUAGGCAAUACUGGAGUAAAGAUCAAGAAGGGAGUUGUCGUUGAGAUCCCGUUGUAUGCUAUACAUCAUGACCCCGACUACUAUCCGGAUCCAUUCACAUUCAACCCUGAUAGAUUUAUGCCUGAGAACAGGGAUCACAUCCAACCCUAUACUUACCUCCCAUUCGGUUCGGGUCCACGAAAUUGCAUUGGAAUGCGAUUCGCGUUAUUGGAGGCAAAGCUCGCGUUGGCGAACAUCUCACACAAGUUCCGCUUCUCCAGAGUGGCCAACACUGACGUCCCCGUCGUCUACACUAAAACACUCUUAAAUGUAUUACAACCCAAACGGCUCGUUGUGGGCAUUCACAAGCGAUAG